UGGGCGCGCGCCCCUCGGAACCCGGGAAGAGGUGGCUGGGGCGGGGCCGGGGGCAGGGCCAGCGGGAGCCCGGCGCUGAUUGGCCGGCGUGGCCGGCGGGCCCCCGCAGCUGGUUCGUAGCGGGCGCCGCGGCCUGGGCUGGGAUGUGAGGAGCGGCGGUUUCCGGGCUCCGGGCUCCGGGCUCCGGGCUCCGGGUGGCGGCGGCUGCGAGCGGCGGCAGCUGUGAGCGGCGGCAUUGCGGCGCAGGCGGCGGGUGAGGCCAGCGGGCGCCGUCGGCGGCCGGCCCUGUCGGCCGCGGGAUGAGGAAGCGGACCGAGCCCGUCGCCUUGGAGCAUGAGCGCUGCGCCGCCGCGGGCUCGUCCUCCUCCGGCUCGGCUGCCGCGGCGCUGGACGCCGACUGCCGCCUGAAGCAGAACCUGCGCCUGACGGGCACGGGGGCGGCCGAGCAGUGCUGCGCAGCCGACGCGGGAAUGAAACGGGCGCUGGGCAGGCGAAAGGGCCUCUGGUUGCGCCUGAGGAAGAUACUCUUCUGUGUUUUGGGGUUGUACAUUGCCAUUCCAUUUCUCAUCAAACUAUGUCCUGGAAUACAGGCCAAACUGAUUUUCUUGAAUUUCGUAAGGGUUCCCUAUUUCAUUGAUUUGAAAAAACCACAGGAUCAAGGUUUGAAUCACACAUGUAACUACUACCUGCAGCCAGAGGAAGAUGUGACCAUUGGAGUCUGGUAAGUGCUGGUGAGCUCUGUAGCCCUUCCAGCAG